UUUCAUUUGGUUUUUGUUGGGUCUGAGGAAUGGGGAAGAAAUCGUCUUAUUCGUCGUCCACAUCCACAUUUCGGGGAUGGCGCUAUUUGCAACCUCGUUAUUACGUGAAGAGGCCAAAUCGACUCGCAUUGGUCAUUGUUGUUUGCAUCUGUCUUACAUGGCUUUUCUACGACCGCCAAUCACUCAAUAGAGGCCACCAGGAGGAUAUUUUGAGACUACAAAAAGAGGUUACCCGCUUGCAAAAUACACUGGAAGAUAUUAGAGGCCGUAUGAGAGGCUCAGUAGAAAGUAUCAUAAACUAUGAAAAAGCCAAUGACUUUACCAAGGGUAUUUCUGAUGAUGAUGAUGAUCCUAUUAGCAUACAGCGAAGAGAUAGAGUAAAAGAUGCUAUGCUUCAUGCAUGGUCGUCUUAUGAAAAGUAUGCAUGGGGCAAGGAUGAACUUAAGCCACGAUCAAUGAUUGGUGUUGACAAUUUUGGCGGUCUAGGGGCAACUUUAGUGGAUUCACUUGACACAUUAUUUAUAAUGGGUCUUGAUGCCCAGUUCAAAAGAGCUAGAGAAUGGAUUGCAAAAUCAUUGUAUUUUAACAAGAACACUGAAGUCAGUGUGUUCGAGACAACCAUAAGAGUUCUCGGUGGCCUUCUCAGUGCUUACGAUCUUUCUGGUGACAAAGUUUUCCUUGACAAAGCUAGAGAUCUUGCAGAUAAACUGUUGCCUGCUUGGGAUACACCUUCAGGAAUCCCCUAUAACAGAAUUAACUUGGCAUAUGGCAGUACAAAUAACCCACCAUGGACACGGGGAAAAAGUAUUCUUGCAGAUUCUGGUUCAGAACAGCUUGAAUUUAUUGCUCUCUCUCAAAGGACAAAUGAUCCCAAGUACCAGCAAAAAGCAGAGAAGGUCAUCAAGGAGCUUUAUAGAAGUUUUCCUGAGGAUGGGUUGCUUCCCAUAUAUCUUAAUCCACUUACUGGAACUAAAUCAAAUGGAGCAAUUACAUUUGGUGCUAUGGGUGACAGCUUCUAUGAGUAUCUACUCAAGGCCUGGAUACAGGGGAACAAGACUGAAGUAGUCACAUUUUACAGGGAAAUGUGGGAGAAAUCAAUGAAAGGUCUUCAAAGCUUGAUUAAAAAGUCAACGCCCUCAUCUUUUUCAUACAUAUCUGAGAAGCUUGGAAAUGGACUCUUUGACAAGAUGGAUGAAUUAGCAUGUUUUGUUCCUGGAAUGCUAGCUCUGGGUUCUUCUGGCUAUGGCCCGGGAGAAGCUAACAAAUUUCUGUCUCUUGCAGAAGAGCUUGCAUGGACAUGUUACAAUUUCUACCAAUCAACACCCACUAAAUUGGCAGGGGAGAACUAUUACUUCCGCAACGGAGAGGAUAUGACUGUUGGUACCUCGUGGAAUAUCCAAAGGCCUGAAACAAUUGAGUCACUGUUCUACCUGUGGCGAUUCACUGGAAACAAAACAUACCAAGAAUGGGGUUGGAAUAUUUUCCAAGCAUUUGAAAAGAACUCUCGGAUUGAAACAGGAUAUGUUGGACUCAAAGAUGUGAAUAGUGGUGCCAAAGAUAAUAUGAUGCAGAGCUUCUUCCUUGCAGAAACGCUUAAGUACCUUUAUCUCUUGUUUUCACCUCCAUCAGUCAUCUCUCUUGAUGAAUGGGUGUUCAACACGGAGGCCCACCCUUUAAGAGUUGUGACUAGAAUGACUGAUCAAGAGGAAAUGAGUGUGGACCAAGAAGAGAAAUUUCCACAUCAUUUGCAUGGUAGAAAGGAAGGCCGAAUGGAUUAUAAGUAGGGGACUACUUGUCCUGCUUUUUUUUCAACAUACAGUUGAGUUGUCUGUCACCUCCAGUUGUGAUGUGGUGAAGAAUACUAGGAAGCUUUGUUUCUUGGUGUUGUAGUAGGGUAAAUGCAAGUGUAAAUGCCUAUGUAGAAAUAGAGGCCACCCUACUUAAUUUUUAAUAAUUUUUUACAUGUCUGUAAAUACUUAUAUCAGUUGACCAUUUUCAGGAAUAUGGUGAAAUUGUGAGAUGUAAGCUAUUCAGUUUUGAAAUUUUCAGAUUUUGUGAAAUUUUCAGAUUUUGUGGUUCUUCCAAUUCAAGAUUGGGUGUGGUUGAGUUCUACCUUGGGUUAAAACUUCCCGAUAUUAAUGCUCAAUAGAUGUAACUUAGAUUGUUGAGCAGCACUGCUGCCAAUAAGAAUGAUAAUU